GCGGAAAGCGCCGGGACUGGCAGACUGUCGGCCUAUCCAUCGUCUGCUCACGACAAUGAUCAAGGCUACGAAGAACGAGUCAAUGCCUUUCUGCGAGGAAUUGGUUCUCGACGAAGGGGCACUCGACAUAGUUACUCUCGUAGUCGCAGCCGAAGCUAUUCUUAUAGUCCCGUUACUCCGGCUCCACGAGGUUAUUCACGCCAUCGACCAGUAGACUGGCGUCGAAAAUCCUCGUCAUAUUCUCGAUCGCGUUCUCGCUCGGUGGAUCGUCGUCAUCAUUCUGGUAGUCGAGACUAUCGGAUGGACGAUGAACCAGAUCGGUAUUAUCGACGUUCGCCGGCUCGGUNGCCGCACUACAAUAGUGUACGACGAAGCGCGUCACGCAGCCGUUCACCGCGUAGCGUGGGCCCACCGAACGAUUACUGGCGUAGACAACCGCGUGCCCCUGCCGCGUACGUCGCCCCACCUACAGAACGUCGUGCUCUGCCACCAGAUGAUCGGGCCUCCAGGCGACGUGAACCUUCCCCACGACCUGUGUCAGCCGGACGUGCGUUGCUAUCUAAUCCUCGGCGCCAUCGCUAA